GUUAUAUACAGUUUAAUUUUCUUAUUCUUCCAGAGAAGGUAUAGCCAGCUCGAAAUUCAUUAUGGUUAGUACAAAGUUAUUUGUUUUGCUCAGUUGUGUUUUCGUCGCAGUUCUCGCUGUGCCGCAAGGACAAUUAGUUGGUGCCCCUAGCAAGCUUAGUGGCGCUGAUUUAAAAGAAGCUGAAGAAACUUUAAAAACCUCUUUAAGCAAAUUGGCUGCCGGAGAUGGACCUAACUACAAUCUCUCAAAAAUCAUCUCAGUAACCCGCCAAGUUGUCUCGGGUACUCUCUACAAAUACGAUGUGGAAUUGGUUGACAGCUAUGGCGCUAAGAAGAACUGCAAUGUUGAAAUCUGGAAUCAACCAUGGUUGGAAAAUGGUACAGAGGUCACUUUCAAAUGCCCCGGCGAGGAAGUAGUGAAGAAGAAGCACAGCCCUUAAGUAUUAUUGUAUGAGCUGAAGUAAUAGAACGAAUAAU